AUGCUGAAUGAAUUUCUUCAUUGCAACGCGUGUUUUGCGUAUUUAACGUCUUCUACGUCUUCUACAACUCGAGAAACGCAAAUACGAUUUUGGUUGACUGAGUGUGGUCAUGUAAUCUGUCAGUCAUGCCUGAAUAAACACGGUGACACCACUCAAGAUAACUCUUCAACCGCUACCGAACCCAUUUGUCCUGUGUGUAAUACAAAGUGCGCUGCCGUUGAACUGACAGAUCAACUUCCUCCCAAUCUUAGCAUGUUCUUUCGUCCUGCUCAUGAGAUAAUAGAAGAAACUGCUGAUAUUUUGAGGUUUCAGCAAACAAAUACAUUUUCGUUAUUAAAAUUUUUGAAAGAUAAGGUGGCAAAGCAAAAACAAAUGCUUGACAAAGCGAAAAAUGAAUUACUUCAAUAUAAAGACACGAAAAAUCAAUUACAGGCAAUUAAAAAAGAAAAUCAACGGUUAAAAGCUCAAAUACAAGAUGUUCGCUCAAGCAUAGCUGCAAAUGAGACAACGGAAUCCCCAUCAAAACUGAGUACUAGACAUGUAAGCCAAGGACCAGAUAGUAAUUCACCUGUUCAACAUGGUUAUUAUAAUUACAAUACCGAUGGAUUCAUAUCUGAUAAUCAAUCAUUAUGGAAUAGAGGUGAUGGUAAUUAUGAAGUACUUAAUGGUGAAGGAGUAAUGCCUAGUCAAAACAG